UGAUUUCAAUGCCGCCGAUGACAAAGGCGUUGCUGUAGCGGUUGCCAUGGAGACCGCUUGGCCACAGAGGGAAGGAAGCGGUGACGUCACUGCGGAGCAAGUGCAGCGGCCACAUCCUCUCAGCCCCGCCACAGGGCACGGAGGGCAGCCUCGGGGCCCAGCGGCGAGGGACCAUCCGCCUUGCUUGCCCGGCUCCCACCCACGACACCCCAGGGGCAGAAGCCCCAGGGAGACAGGCAGUCCCACAUCUGCUGAGACUGCCAGGACCUGCGAGACCUUUGGAGGCCACCAGCAAGAGAGCGGAAGCAGCAUCUUCAGACCCUCCUUGGUGCUACCUUGCCCAGGACUCGGGAGCAACGAGCCAGCUGGCAGACGCCCACCUCUGCCUCCCUCUGCGUGAGUCCCUGGGAACUCCCAAGAGGCCUCUCAGGGGGAGGCUGCAGACGCUGGACGCUGUGCAACCCUGCCCUCCUUGACUGAGUUGGACGAACUGAGACCGCGAGGCCUCUCUCUCGGUUAGCCUUUGGGAAGGGAUCGUGGCAUCCUGGAUAAUUUUUUGGAUUCCCGAGGCAGCACAGGUGUCCACCAGCGGGCAUACUGCUGCCUCAGAGAGCUGGGCAAGAUGCUGUUUGGCGUCAAGGACAUUGCCCUGUUGGAGCACGGGUGCCAGGCUCUCGAGGUGGACAGUUACAAGUCCCUGAUGAUCCUGGGGAUCCCGGAGGACUGCGACCACGAGGAAUUCGAAGAGAUCAUCCGGGUCCCCCUAAAACCUCUGGGCAAGUUCGAAGUGGCUGGGAAGGCCUUUCUGGAAGAAGAUAGAUCCAAGGCAGCCAUCAUUAGGCUGGUGGAGGACAUCAAUUACGCUGCGGUCCCCAGGGAGAUCCAGGGCAAGGGUGGCACGUGGAGAGUGGUCUACAUGCCCCGGAAGCAGGACGUCGAAUUCCUGACGAAGCUGAACCUCUUCCUGCAGAGCGAGGGCAGGACGGUGGAGGAUGUGGCCCGGGUCCUGAGGCAGGAACUGUGCCCCACGCUGACGGGCCCCAGAGAGCUGCCUGCCCCAAAGUGCUGUGCGCCCGGGCUGGGGGAGAAGCCAGGAGCUGAGGCCACCCCCGGGGCGGACGGGAUGCCACCUCUGGACUCGGCGGAGAAGGAGAGCAAGGCUGAAGAUGACAAAAAGGGCAAGCGGAAGCACAAGAAAAACCGUCGACGGCCUGACAAGAAGCUGUGAGGUGACGUGGGGUGGACAUGGGGGCGGCUGAGUGAGGAGGGGAGCCAGCUGAGUGGACGUGGGUGACGACUGUGGGAG